UCUUCUUCUUUUCUCUAUUCCUUGAAAUUCUCUCUCUAAAUUCCCAAAUCUGAAAAAAUGGCACUAGCAUCUGAGAAAUACCGCCAAUCUCUUAUCCCCAAUUUCCUAUACUCAUCGUUCCCGAAUCAUUCAAAUCCGUCAAAGCCGCCGGACUUCAUAAUUCCUUCUCCAAACGAACCAGGUAAGAUUCAAUUAUACUCGCCAUCUUUCUACGCCGCAUGUGCUUUCGGUGGAAGCUUAUGUUGUGGUCUCACGCACACCGCCGUAACUCCUCUCGAUGUCAUCAAAUGCAACAUGCAGAUCGAUCCAGUAAAAUACAAAAGCAUAAGUUCUUCAUUUGGAGUUAUGUUCAAGGAACAGGGGAUUAAGGGUUUCUUUAAAGGAUGGGCGCCUACUCUAAUCGGUUACAGUGCACAGGGUGCUUGUAAAUACGGAAUCUAUGAGUAUUUGAAGAAAUACUAUUCGGAUAUUGCCGGACCGGAAUAUGCUGCAAAGUAUAAGACGUUGAUAUACCUUGCUGGAUCUGCAUCUGCUGAAGUAGUUGCUGAUGUUGCACUCUGUCCUUUUGAGGCUGUUAAAGUUAGGGUUCAAACUAAACCUGGAUUUGCCAAAGGUUUAUCAGAUGGUUUUCCGAAAAUUGUUAAAGCUGAAGGAGGAGCAUCAGGGUUGUAUAAGGGUUUGGUGCCUCUUUGGGGACGACAAAUUCCAUAUACAAUGAUGAAAUUCUCGACAUUCGAGACAAUGGUGGAGCUAAUCUACAAACACGCAAUUCCAACACCGAAGGCAGAGUGCAGCACGGCGGUGCAGCUUAGCGUGAGCCUUACGGGUGGUUAUAUUGCCGGAAUUCUUUGUGCAGUAGUUUCACAUCCUGCUGAUAAUUUGGUUUCAUUCCUUAACAAUGCAAAAGGAGCUACUGUUGGAGAUGCAAUAAAUAAGUUUGGAUUAUUGGGGCUGUGUACUCGUGGAUUGCCUCUAAGGAUUGUUAUGGUUGGAACCCUAACUGGAUUACAAUGGGCAAUUUAUGAUGCAUUCAAAGUAUCCGUUGGACUGCCAACUACUGGAGGAGCUGCUGCACCUUCUGAAACUGAACUUGCAAAUUGAGUUUGAAAUAUUUCCUAUUGCUUAAUGGCUGCCCUUACAAGAUUAUAUCUAUUGAUUUGUGAAAAUAAAUUUAUAAGAUUAAUAAGAUUGCUAUUUUAUGAGACAUUUAAUAG